AUGACGAACGACAUUUCCGAACAAUUAUCGCAGACUUUCGUUCCAACUUUGACACUGAUGAAACUGAGUGGGCAAUUCUUUGGCGAAACCUCCUUCUCUGAGUUUCGGGACUUAAACCCGGGAAAGUUGGUAUAUCUUUCGCGUUUCUACAGCUUGCUUGUUGUGCUAAGCCUGUGGCUGUUCGUAAUAUUCGGACUGGCAAGUCUUUUCUCUGAAGGUUUCACCUCCGUGGAUGUUUUCCUUUACUUGUUUAACAUAGCUGCCUGGUCUGUGCAGUGUGCCUGCAACGUCACCAUUUGUUUGGUGAUGCUGCCUCAAGUGCAAAGCAAAAGCGGGUCUCGAUUUUCCCAAUUUAUUACUUCAUUCUCUACGACAACAACUGAUCUCAAAGGGCUGAGGCGAAAAUCACUGAAAGGCUUAGUUUUUGCAGGAAUGGUGUCUUUGGGGAAUUUUGCCUUUUCCCUUCUAUGGUCAUUUUAUCUCAAUGGUGUACUGUACAAUUACAAACCGUGGAAUGGGAACAUGGGAGUCUGGAUCAUCGAAGUUGGAGUUGGAAUAUACGCUUCUUUCGCCUGGAGUCUUCCCGUACAGCUUUACUACACAGCGUGCUUGGUCUUGGAAAGAAUGUUUGAAACGCUAAAGGACAAAGUCACAUCUAGCCUCGAUACAGAACACCCCUUGACCCUUACCAGCUUACGUCAGGAGUAUCUACGAUUGUGCAAGGUACUCGAGAUGGCUGACAAAGUGUUUUCACCAUUCUUGUUGGUAACGUUCGCAUUGGAUGUACCGUUAAUUUGCGUGAACCUGUACCAGGUCAUCAAGGUCACCAAGAAUUGGUCCAACGACGAAAAUACGAUUUGGUUAAUUGCGUACAUGUUUUGGAGUGUUUGUUUAUCAAGCAUAGUUUCACUCUUGUGCUUGUUUGGAGGCCGAGUUAAUGAGAAGGUACGAUCAAGGGUAUAUAAAAGGCAGUUUAAGCAAACCUUUUCAUUUACGGGCAGCUGUAGCAAAUCCUUUUUAAGCAAAUAUCGAUAGCAAUGUUAGGAAAAAAAGCAAUAGAGAUAUCCUUUCAAAAAUCUAGCUUAAUCAAAAGUAGGAAAAUUAACAACGGUAACCAGGGACUUAUCGAAAGAAACAAGGAAUUUAUCAGCAGCUGGUGAAGACGUUGUUGACAAAAGUAACAAAUAUAGCAAGAAAGCAACAAGGAAAAAGAGAAAUCCCGCGUUUUUUGUAAGGAAGAUGAAACGGAAAGCCGACAAAACUAACAGGUCUCUCGCCAAGCCGCAAAUUUGGGAAGCAAGAUUACCCUGGAUCAAUUUGUCUGCAUCUGCAAAAAUUGUCAACAAAUUGCUCAUUUAUGGAUGUUGGAUUCGUUUUUGAAUUCGUUGCUUCCAGUUUUUUUCGAUAAAUAGAAAGUAGCAGCUAAAAAAUCUUUUACGUGACGACCUAGCUAUCGUAACCAAUCUAACUUGUUCAGUUUAUCGCUGUCACCAGCGCGCACCUCGUAGCCUUCGCUAUCUCGUAAUCCGAUUAGGUAAUCUGAUCACGCGCGUUUUGACUUUUUAAAAUCACUUGAAACUUACGCAACGCCCAGAGUAUGAUUACUAUCAAUUUAUCAAUGAAUUUAUUUAUUUAUUUAUUCAGUUAGUUACUAAUUAACCAGUCAGUUAGUUUUAACUGAGACUGUCUAUCCACUUUAACCCGUCUAAAGGUUUCCUCGUUAGCGCCCAGCCUCCCGACAGGUAACUCGGCUGGCCGGCCUUGUAACACACGCGCUCUUACAAAGGAAAUGGUGGUGAUCGAGCACGUUCUCGGCAACGCAUUUGAACGUGCUGAUAUAGAAGGUCUAAAUCAUAAUUUAAUUCAAAUAACAUACUAUUUGCAGGCUCACAGUUUCUACGAAACCUUACAGAUGCGCUACGUUCCUGCUCAGGACAUCAAAGAACACUCGGAAGUGAGUAUAAUGACCUUUUGUUUUUCCUUUUUAAAAGAGAAAUACAGCUAAUACACUUACAGACCUACUACUAACUUCUAAUGACAGAGGUUGAGCGAGGUACAACUUUUACUUUAACGCUAGCCUGAGUAUCAUUUCCUCUCCCCUAAUACUCAAACUGCGUUUGCGCACAACCUGCUAUAUAAGAAAUUGCCUUUAUUUUAUUUACGGGCGUAAAAUUUGUCAGAAAUCCACCUUAAAAGAAGCUUUAUAAAUAAGGUUAGUCAUUUCUCCGAAUAUUUAUCAUAUCAUAUGAAAAGCUGCACUGACCUCAAUCUUGGCGAAAAUAUAAGCUUAUCUCCUUUCAUUUCCCAGAUUCUAGACUAUAUCUAUUGAACGAGUUUGGGUUUAUAUUUCUGAUGAUGUGAUAGCGAAAACCAGAAACUUAUUUGGGCGAUCUUUUUGAAUCUGUGUUUCCUCAGUUGGUGCUGUUCCUUGCGCAUGUCCAGGGAGAGCCCAUUGGUUUAUCUGCAGGAGUAUUGUCGGUGAUCAACAAGUCGUUCUUCCUUACGGUUAGUUUAAUUUAGUUAACUGCCGUAUUUAUUUUUGCCCUGCAGUUUUUGCCCUUGACGGCUUUACUAACAUCGAUCCAAACCCUCCAAACAAAACUUUCUAAUCAAAAUUUUCUUAUAAAAUCACACUGUACCAAAAUGUAACUUUCGAUUGGACACAGGGUCUAUUUUCUCCUAGUCCUCUUAGGAAGAGACCUGGGAACGAGAUUGAUCGGCGGGAAAUAUUCACAGGAAAAAUCUUUGCACGCAUAAUUAAAUACAAGAACGAGCAGUAUAGGGCGCACCGAAUUAACCCCCCUUCUGUAGGCAGGAACGCUUUUAAGGAGGACAUGAAUACAUCCACGCCGAUGUUGUCAUAGCCUUUUGUCUCUCUUAUGAAUGAAUAAAUGGAAUGAAUAAAUGAAAUCCCAUCAAGAUAAGGUCAUGUACUAUAUAUUUAGUUGGUUUAACCUGUUGUACAGAGUUCCUAGCUGUUUCUCGGAUAUCAAUUGACUUAAAGCUCAUGUCUCGCCUUAUAGACUUGUGUAAGUUUUAUUUUGGAAACUUCUAUAUUACUAAAAACACAAUGAAAAAAAAAGACGCGUUUAUAGCAGGUCUUAUACCUUAAAGGUAUUCCUGCAUGAAAAAGGGUAAUUAACCGUCGGCGCGUCCUACACUAAUGAAGCGAAUUAGAAAAUUUCCAAAGGGUACUUUACCCUCACCGGAAAGUUCCAGAAGCAUUUGUUUUUCGUUUCAUUGAUUGGUCAGUUUUCACUGAACUGGUUUUUCAAGGGAUUUAUGCAGAGGGCCGGGCGUCUCCUGCAGCUCUAGCUUGUAAACCUUGUAGGACGUUUUUGAGCAACAGACGUCAACCGGAAGUGAGCCAUUUUCUAUUUAUAUAAUAGAGGCCUAAGAUUAGGUAGACAAGAACGACUACGAGGACGAGAUUUUCUCAAUAGUAAGUGCUCGCGCGUGAGGCAGCGUCAAUUUGACAAUUUGGUAGCCGUCGUCAUUCUACUACGAGUUUUAGCGAGAGUGUCGUAGUGGCGGGAACAAGUUAUCAAAUGUUAGACGUUUUAGCAUUUUGCAAUCGGGAGAGGUCUUAACCUCCUUUAAUAACGAUAACAGUACUAACUUUUCUGGUGAAACAAGUACAAUGAUGAAUUCCGCGCGGGGUGUCUAUUUUUUGACAGUAGGUGAAAAAACUUUAAAUCAAAUCUCGUACUCGUAGUCGGUCUCGUCCUCGAAGCUAAAGGUCUCUAAUUAUGCCUUGACACAAUCAACUUUGUAUGGCUAAGUGUCGACUUUAUCCUUAUAGAGAAAAUUUGCCCAAGAAUUUGUUCAAAUAUCAAGGUCGAAGAGUUCUAAAAGUCCACUUCCGGAGUUCAAAAACGUCGUUGCUUUAUUGCUCUCUAACAUAGAACAUAUACCUGUUGACUUAAGCCCUGGAACUAAAUCGUUGGAAAAGUAGGGUAAAAAUUUUAGGCAGAGGAGCUACCUUUAAUAAGUUCUGUAGAAACCUUAUAUAAUUGUUAACAUUUAUUGUUUUCUUGGUUUCAGCUUGUAGGAAUAAUCGCGUCGUAUUUUGCCGUGCUGUUAACUUUACCUUACUGA